GUAUAACAUAUAUAUAUGUAUGUACACGCCAGUCUCGUUUCAUUAUAUCUUCCAACUAUGAGCUCAAACUCCAUACAAAAAACACUCACGGAGUUCUAGAGAGAGAAAUAUUCAACAUCAAUUUUUUUUUCACAGUAAUAAUAAUGAGUAAUUGGUUGGGAUUUUCUCUAACUCCCGAUUUCAGAAUCGACAACGAUAUUGAUGAUAAUGAUGAUGCAGAAGAAGUGAAAAAUUACGUAAGACGAAUUGAACAAAAUGAAGCUACUGAUAAUAUUCCUUUAUCUGUCAUGCCAUUAAGUACUGAUGGUUCUUCUCUUUGUAUGAUGGACGCUUUCCCACGCUGUGUACCUACUGAAGAAGAUUGUUGGAGGUAUGAGAGUCAUGAAAUGAGUACUACUACCAAUCCAGAUGGAGGACCGAAGCUUGAGGAUUUUUUAGGAUGUUGUUACUCAAAUUCUCCUACUAAUGAUGAAAUCAAUGUCAACAUUCCACCAAGCGUAAAUCAAUCUGAUCACGAACGACAACAGCUAGAAAUUGGAGCAAAUAUGAAACUGAUGAUGGUUCAAAACAGUCAAUUUCAGAGCAGUCAUCAUGAAUUUGCCAAUACUAGUACUGGUAAUGGGUAUCAUGUUCCAUUUGAUGGAGCUACUUCUGUUUCUGGAUUCAAAUCGUGGUUACGCCAGGCUUCUGCUUCUGCUACUGCUACUGCGACUGCUGCACCAUUGAUUUCAUCAGCUGAAGAAAUUGGAAAUCCCAGCAAUUGCCAAGCGCUUUCGCUUGCCGCCGCGCCGAAAAAGAGGCCGGUUGCUGGUAAAAAUGUUAGUGUUUCAAAGGAAUUAGUUCCCCGCAAAUCUAUUGAUUCUUUUGGGCAAAGAACCUCUCAGUACCGCGGCGUCACCAGACAUAGGUGGACUGGAAGAUACGAAGCGCAUUUGUGGGAUAACAGUUGCAGAAAGGAAGGGCAAACUAGGAAAGGCAGACAAGUCUAUCUAGGUGGUUAUGAUACGGAGGAAAAGGCAGCUAGAGCUUACGAUUUAGCUGCUUUAAAAUACUGGGGUCCAAACACGCAUAUUAAUUCCCCUCUAAGCACUUAUGAAAAGGAACUGGAGGAGAUGAAAACCAUGAACAGGCAAGAGUUUGUAGCACACUUGAGAAGGAAAAGCAGUGGGUUUUCAAGAGGGGCAUCAAUGUACAGAGGAGUAACAAGGCAUCAUCAGCAUGGGAGGUGGCAAGCUAGAAUUGGAAGAGUUGCAGGCAACAAGGAUUUGUACCUUGGCACCUUCAGUACGCAAGAGGAAGCAGCAGAAGCGUAUGAUAUUGCUGCGAUCAAGUUCAGGGGGACUAGUGCUGUGACCAAUUUUGACAUCAGUAGGUACGAUGUCAAAAGGAUUUGUUCAAGCUCGACAUUAAUUGCUGGAGACCUUGCCAAGCGCUCCCCAUCAAAAGAUUCUGUAGUCUUCCCGUCUUCCUAUGAGGACUACAAUUCAUGCACAACUUCACCUCAGCCCAUUUUAGCCAUAACAAACGGGGAGCAAUUUCAGCAGCCCGUAGAUUCAUUCAUGGACAUGAUGCCGGCGAUGAUGGCUGCUGCAGGAUCAAGCAGCAGGAGCUCUUCUAGUGCCCCAAGUCCAAAAUGCUCUGGCUCUGGUGAAAUGAGUUGUGAUUUUGGGGUCGGAUUAGAGUAUCCUCAGGCAUAUUAUUCAUCCGUACAAGUUCAAGAUCACAAGUUUGAAGAUGGACGUAAAGGAAACAAUGAUGAUCCUCCGAGCUCAGGCCGGAUUGGAAAUAUGGACCUUGUUCAUCCAGUUCCCAUGUUUGCAUUAUGGAACCAGUGAAAAACAUUUCUAGAGAUUAGUAUUGCUAGCUCACUUGUACCAAAUCUUCCUCCCCUGGGCCAAAGGAAAAUCGAAAUCUUGAUUUCUUAAAUGCCUUGGUUUAUGAGUCUUAGAUAUGUUUGGACUAUUUUUGGAUGUCAAUGUGAUGGCAAUGAAAUGAAAUCAAAGAUUCAACGCUGUUUUGUGUCA